UCUUUUUGUUUGGGCUGAGCGGUCCUCAGCUGUCCGGCUGUACGGGCGCAGAAAAAUGUGGCUAAUUUGGCCGUUGAGGUGCAGGGGUAAUGAAAGUUUCGGUUUUGAGGCAAGGGUCCUGUCAUCUGUAUUAAAUUUCUUUGAACUCCUCGUUAGAAGACCACGCGCGACUUCACCAUGAAUAUGCACUUUAUAGGAUCCAGCAACGCCACGCUGUUGUUUGACUUCUGGGAUGUGCGUGGACCUGCAGGCAUGGUGUUGUCGGUCUUUGUCCUUCUACUGCUCACGGUGAUCUACGAGUUUCUGAAAGUGAAGAUCACUAUUGGAAAACGGAAUCAAGCCUCCGUUAAGCAAUCAUCCGCCGUGUCUUUCUCACCUGAAGCGUCUUGUUUUGCUUCCUCCGUCAUGAAGCAUCAAGAAGGAAGUUCUUCUCUGACCAAGCCCUCCGAGAUCUCAUUAGCUCCCACCGAGAAUACAGCCACCACUGCUGACGCCGCCCACUGCUAG